AUGUCGGUGAAGCUGAGGUUCACCUCUCCUAGCGAUGGUCUCGCCGCGGUUGGCCGCAGCCGGUCGUUUGCUGGCUUUAGCACAAUACAAGUUCGACAGUCCUCGCAGUCGCUCCGGAGAAGCUCCAUAAAAUCAAAGUUGUCUGUCCAUUCAGAAAAAUUGUACCCAUCACUGCGGAAAGGAUCCAUCAGACUGGACCCGCAUCCCCACCAAGUCAAGAAAAUAUUUGAUGCCUUAAGGAAAGGACUAAACGAGUACCUUGAAGAACAUCAAACCCAGCUGGAUUUCCUGGCCGGCCAGCAGAAGGACUUAAAACGCAACUCCAGGCUGGGUUUUUUUUAUGAUCUGGAUAAAGAAAUCCGUUUAAUGGAAAGACACAUCCGGAAACUGGAAUUCCACAUCAGUAAAAUCGAGGAGCUAUAUGAGGCUUACUGCAUUCAAUGGAGACUUCGAGUGGGAGCCAGUAACAUGAAGCAUGCCUUUUCUCUGUCCCCUACUACAAAGGCAUCACGGGAAAGCCUCAUCGAACUGUACAGGAACUUCCAGGAGUGCACAGAGGACAUGUGUACAAUCGAAGGAGCACUGGAACUGCAUCUGGGGGAAUUUCUCAUUAAGAUGAAAGGUCUGGUGGGUUACGCCCGGCUUUGCCCUGGAGAUCACUACGAGGUGUUAAUACGACUCGGCCGCCAGAGGUGGAGGUUAAAAGGCAAAAUCGAAACAGACGACAGCCAGAUGUGG